UAUUUACGUGGUCGAAGUUGAUAAAAGUAAAGCAUUCGAGUAUUUACGUGGUCGAAGUUGAUAAAAGUAAAGCAUUCGAGUAUUUACGUGGAUCGAAAUCGAUAAGAAUAAAGCAUUUGAGUAUUUACGUGGUCGAAGUUGAUAAACGUAAAGCAUUCGAGUAUUUACGUG